UAAAUUUACUAGCCCAUUAAAAAAACAGACCCAACCCACAAAAAGGAAGCCUAAGAGGUAAAGCAAAUCUUCAAUUUAUAAAGCAACAGUGAGUUAGUUAACCGCCGGAGCAAACCAUAGCAAAUACUCACGGUGACGGAGAAACAACAAGAAGAACAACCACAAAGGGAUGGGCAUUGAUUACUAUAAAAUUCUACAGGUCGAUCGAAGUGCGAAGGACGAUGAUUUGAAGAAAGCUUAUCGGAAACUUGCUAUGAAAUGGCAUCCGGAUAAGAACCCUAAGAACAAGAAGGAAGCUGAAGCCAAGUUCAAACAAAUCUCUGAAGCAUACGAUGUUUUGAGUGAUCCGCAAAAGCGGGCUAUUUAUGAUCAGUAUGGAGAGGAGGGUUUGAAGGGGCAGGUGCCGCCCCCGGGAGCUGGCGGUUUUGGACCGGAAGGGGGCUCUACAACAUUUCGGUUCAAUCCCAGAAGUGCAGAUGAUAUAUUUUCAGAGAUUUUUGGGUUUUCGAGUCCGUUUGGAGGAAUGGGUGACAUGGGUGGCCCACGAGCUAGUACUUCAGGGUUUUCAAGGGGUAUGUUUGGGGAAGAUAUAUUUUCUUCAUUUAGAACUGCAAGUGGAGAGAGCUCUAAUAUGCCACGAAAAGGGGCUGCCAUUGAAAGGACAUUGCCGUGUAGUUUGGAGGAGCUGUAUAAAGGACAUACUAGGAAGAUGAAGAUUUCAAGGGAUGUUACUGAUUCUAGUGGGAGACCGACCACAGUGGAAGAAAUUCUUGCAAUUGAGAUCAAGCCAGGGUGGAAGAAGGGAACAAAAAUCACUUUUCCGGAGAAGGGAAAUGAACAACGAGGAGUUAAACCGUCUGACCUAGUCUUCAUCAUUGAUGAGAAGCCACACAGUGUCUUCAAGAGGGAUGGUAAUGAUCUUAUAGUUACCCAAAAGAUAUCUCUUGUCGAGGCUCUAACAGGCUACACAGCACAAGUGACAACCCUUGAUGGCAGGAAUCUGUCAAUCCCUAUCAACUGUAUCAUCAGUCCCACCUAUGAGGAAGUAGUUAAAGGGGAAGGGAUGCCUAUUCCCAAAGAACCUUCCAAAAAAGGGAACUUGAGGAUUAAGUUUAACAUAAAGUUCCCUAGCAAGCUCACGGCGGAGCAGAAAACUGGGAUCAAGCGGUUAAUAUAAUCUUCAUAAACAGUAAUGAUGGCUGUCCCUUCCAUCUCUAAAAUCUGUGUAAGCUUUCCAUUGCAUUAAUUUUCUUUGCUGAUCCAAUCCAGAAAGAAAAUUUGCGUUGCAGAAUUGGAAUUUUCACUAUAACAGUUAUUUAAAGUUUAAAUAUUGUUUUCCAUGUUUCACUUUUCAAUAUUCUUUUUCUUUCUA